ACAUAAUGUCAUACAUAGCAGCAAGAGUUGACACUAAAAUCAGUGAUAGCUCAGCUGUAUGGUUAUCUGCACUUGGUCUUGGAUGUCAGGGUCUGGCUAUGCCAAUAGGCGGGUUUAUGGGAAGGAAAUUCGGACCGAAAUCAACAAUGAUUGCGACGUUGAUUCUGGGAAGUGGAAGCAUUCUGUUAACAUAUAUUGUUGUACAGAAGACGUUUAUUGGUGUAGUUUUUACUGUUGGGAUAAUGUUUGGACUUUCGAUGGGCAUUGGUUAUUCCGUCGCAAUAGCUUGUGCAGUAUCUUGGUUUCCUGGAAGAAGAGGAUUAAUUGUUGGUAUAAUUGUUGGAGGAUUUGGAUUGGGCUCCCUAAUUUUUACACCAAUUCAAACUGCAUAUAUUAAUCCAUCUAACUUAAUGGUGGAUAGUCAAACAAGGCGUUUCACUGAUCCAGAGCUUCUUGAUAGAGUCCCAAAUGUUUUCUUGGUGAUGGGUUCAAUAUUAGCAGCGUUGCAGUUAGUGGCAUGCAUACUUGUCCGCAUGAAACCAAUCUCAAAAGAAGAAAAUGAGGACAGAAAUGAAGAAGAAGAAGAAGAACAAGUAUUAGAACGUGCAAGAAUUGAAAAUAGUCCAUCUGCAGACUCAAAAAAGAAGAAACUAGUAAAUGGUGAUUCACAAUUAAAUCGUAACACUGUGGUGGAAGUAAACGUUCAAUCUGGAAAGCUAUUACGUCAUAUCGACUACUAUCUUUUAUUUUUUAUGAUGCUUCUUAACUGUUUUCCAAUAUCUGUCCUUACAAGUUCAUUAAAGAUCUUUGGACAAACGCAUAUAAGUGACGAUAGAUUUUUGUCAACUAUUACAGCUGUAACUUCUCUUUUCAACUGUGGUGGACGUGUAGUCUGGGGUGCUAUCGUGGAUCGUUUUUCUUUCAAGAUACCAAUCUGCAUACAACUGUGUGUAUGGGGUGUAUUAUUAUUUACGUUUCCUGUUAUUGCAUAUGCAACUGGAGUCGCAUUGAAAAUCUUAUAUGUUAUAUGGGCAUGUGCCUUGUUUUUCUUCUUGUCUGGUGUUUUUUCCAUGAUGCCAGCUGCAACAGGGACUAUAUUUGGACCAGUUAAUUUAGCUGUCAACUAUGGAAUGGUUUAUCUCGGAUUUUCAUUUGGAUCAGUACUUUCUCUUGUGGUGAGUCUUUUCUGGAAAGUAUCUCCUGAAAUCUACUUUACCGUUUCUGGAUGUGUAUGCUUAGUUACUCUUGCCUUAGCCAUAUGGCUUGAUGACAGAAGGUUACCUAGACGUCUACGUUUCAUGAAUUGGUUCUCAAACCAAUGUUUAUCCAGUCGAGUGUCUAAUCAACUAACAGUUAACACAAGUGAAGAUUUAUGAAUUAGACAGAACCAAUAAACACUACAUGUUUUUAAGACUUAUGAAAAUGAAACACUCAAAAACCCUGUUUCUUUCUUUGCUUUUAUUUAUAAUAGUUAUUUUUAGUGAUGAUUUUUUUCCUGAAAUCAUUAGUACACAUAAUGCAGCAAAUAAACAAUUACUUUCAGAAUUUUUUUUAUUCCAAUGUACUUUAUUCAUUUUUGCUGACUAUUUUACUCAAAAAUAUUCGUAUAUUCAAAUCUGGAAAUCUUUUUGGGAGGUA